AUGGAAGGCCGACUAGAGCCCCUAAUUGGGGAUAGCAUGCUUUUUGGUCCUAUGGAGGAUCAAGGGCUUUCUUUCGUUAACAAAAGUGGUGAAACUGUUCAUCUCAGAAGGAAACCGGCAAGGGCUUUAAUGGAUCUUAACUGGAAGCAUGACGAAAGUUAUGGGAUAGACAUUAACCAGUUACUGCAGAGAUGUGAGGAUUCAAGUAAUGCUGCAAUACAAAGCUCAGGGGCGAGCCGCUCAAAACACUCACCUUCGCAGCUGUGGACAGAAAAGUGGAAACCACACACCUUUUUCGACCUGGUGGGCAACGAAAAGACGAACCGCCGCGUGUUAAAAUGGCUGAGGCAAUGGUCCCCACUCGUAUUCGGGCAAGAGCUCCCUAAAAAGGCUCCAUCUGUGCGGGAUAAAGUUGGUGCAGAUGGAGCAAAUUAUGAUUUCGAUGACCCGCUUCAACGACCCCAGAAGAGAAUCUUGCUUCUUAAUGGCCCCCCCGGCAUUGGCAAAACGUCUGUGGCGCAUGUUGUGGCAAAACAGGCAGGUUUUUCGGUUAUUGAGAUAAACGCAAGUGACGAACGGGCAGGGCCCCAUGUCAAAGACAGAAUCCACAAUGCUCUGUUCAACCACACUUUUGAUGACAGACCGGUAUGCUUGAUUGCGGAUGAGAUUGACGGCAGUAUCGAGACAGGCUUUGUUAAAGUCCUGAUCGACAUAGUGAACAGUGAUUAUAGAGCCACACAGAGACUCGCGAGCGGAGCAUCAAGUGCUGUUCAAAGGGGAAAACGCAAGCAGCGUUCACCAGGCAAAGUCUUGACGCGGCCCAUCAUUACCAUUUGUAACAAUGUGUAUGCGAGUGCUCUAGAGAAACUGAGACCCCAUUGCGAAAUCGUCACGUUCCGAAGGCCUGCAGAGUCAGCACUGCUCGAGCGGCUCUCUCAUGUUUGUCGUAAAGAAAAGUUACAGCUAGAUAAGAAAAGGCUCAAAGAAUUGAGCGAGCUAUCUCAAGGCGACCUCCGCAGCUGCCUUAAUAACAUGCAGUUUAUGGCUUCUUUGCACGCAGAAGCACCCGAAUCUACGGAUACAGCUAAAAUUAGUGACCAAAUCAAAGAUAUGACAGUUUCUUGGUACAAGAUUUGCAACCAGGUUUUUCGCAGAAAUCCUCAUGAAGACGCCAAAGUUCAGUUUGGUAGACUUUUAAGAGACAUCGAAAUUAAUUCCAACUCUCAGCGUAUUGUUCAAGGUUGCUUUUCAAUGUUUCCCGAAGUCAAAUUCUCAGACCAUUCACUCCAGAAACCCAGUGCUGCGGCUGAUUGGCUGUACUUCAACGACUUGAUGUUCAAGUCCCUAUUUGAGCAUAACGGCGAUUUACUACGAUAUAAUUCCGUGGUUCCAAUGGCAUUUUUUCAUCUGUUUAGCGACAUCGCCAACAAAGAUGAUGUGCGUGGGAAAGUCAAUGAGUUUGACCACAGAGAAGACCUUCGUAAUAACGAAAGCAUUGUUCUAUCUACAUUCCGCAGAGCUCCUCCUACAUUGAAGAUAUUCAUGAAUAAAUCAUCCUUGGCUCUCGAAGUUCUUCCAUUGUUGGAUUACAUAAUAGUGCCCGAUUUCUCAAAGAUUAGGAAUAACCAAACCAAGACAACUGUGCUAAGUAACAUCGUGGCAGCUCUCUCCAGCUUUGAUCUGACAUUCAGCGAGAGAGUUGAUACAGACCUUCCCAGAGUUACAUGCAUAGAACCUCCUUUUGACAAAGUGACACUAAUGGAUGAGAAAAGAGUUAAAGAAGUUUUUACAAAGCGGCCCGCAAUUCUCAACGUUGUUCUGGCGAAAGCACAAGAAAGUAAGGUCAGAAAAAGAACAAUAGAGCAAGCAAGAGCAGACAAAUUGGAUCUGGAAUCCGUCAGAAAAAAACACAAGACAUCCUCUUCAAAGCCUGUAGAUUAUUUCAAAUCACAAUAUGCUAACGUGCAAACAAAAGGUAGUGAGAAAUUCAAGGACUCAGGCAGUGUUGAAGGGGACAGUCGCGAGCCAGUUAAGAUUUGGGUCAAAUACAAAGAAGGCUUCUCAGACGCGGUGAGGAAAGAUGUGACAUGGAAUUCACUAUGGGAGUAA